AUGGCACGUAAGAUGCUGCCAGCUGCCAGUUGCUUUGUGAAGGCUAUGUUCCGACCUACUAUUUUCAGCCAUUCUUGGGAGAUUUUACCUGGCCAUGAGAUCUCACUGAAGAGCUUCUCACUCAAGUGCAAGGUUCCUCCAUCAGCCAAGUAUGGUGGACGGCACACUGUGACUAUGAUUCCUGGGGAUGGCAUCGGGCCUGAGCUCAUGCUGCAAGUCAAGACUGUGUUCAGAUAUGCCUGUGUGCCUGUGGACUUUGAGGUGGUGCAGAUUAACUCCACUUCUUGCGAAGAGGACUUUCAAUAUGCCAUCAUGUCAGUUCGCCGGAACCGUGUGGCCUUGAAGGGCAACAUUGAAACUAAUCACAACCUGCCACCAUGUCACAGAUCCCGCAGCAGCAUGUUGCGCACCAUUCUGGAUCUCUACGCUCAUGUCAUCCACUUUCAGAGUCUGCCAGGUGUGAGGACCCGGCACGGUAACAUAGAUAUCAUCGUUAUCCGGGAAAACACGGAGGGUGAAUACAGCAACCUGGAAUACGAGAGCGUGAAAGGAGUGAUAGAGAGCUUGAAGAUCAUUACUAAGGCCAAAUCUUUGCGCAUUGCUGAAUAUGCCUUCCAGCUGGCCCAGGAGAUGGGGCGCAAGAAAGUGACAGCUUUGCACAAGGCCAACAUCAUGAAAAUGGGAGAUGGUCUGUUCCUCCAGUGCUGUAGGGAAGUGGCAUCCCGUUAUCCUCAGAUCACCUUUGAAGAUAUGGUUGUGGAUAACGCCACCAUGCAGCUGGUAUCCCAGCCCCAACAAUUUGAUGUCAUGGUGAUGCCCAAUCUUUAUGGCAACAUUGUCAACAGUAUCUGCACAGGAUUGGUCGGAGGACCAGGCAUUGUGCCUGGGGCCAGCUAUGGCCCCAUAUACGCAGUGUUCGAAGCAGCUGCAAAGCAGUACGACAGGGAUAUAGUCAAUAAGAAUAUGGCCAACCCGACCGCCAUGCUGCUGGCAAGUUGUAUUUUGCUGGAUUACCUUAAGCUCCCCUCCUAUGCCACCACCAUUCGUACUGCAGUCUUGGCAUCUUUGAAGGACAAAAAUGUCCGUACUCCAGACAUUGGAGGCCAGGGUACCACAAUGGAUGUCAUUAAUAAUGCCAUAAACCACAUCAGUGCUAUCGAUUAA